CCGUCUGAGCGAGCGGUAGGAGUCAGAGAAAACGACCGGGAGACAUUUUGACCCUGAUACAACCAAGGAUCUUUUGGAAACUACUUGAGGUCCCGCCCCCUGAGGUCCACAUUCCAGAGCCAAGAUGGCCGAUGAAGCUGACAUGCGCAAUGAGCUGGCUGACCUGCAGACACGGGCAGACCAAGUCGCUGAUGAUUCCCUGGAGAGCACUCGGCGUAUGCUGGCCCUGGUUGAGGAGAGUAAAGAUGCUGGCAUCAGGACUCUGGUCAUGUUGGAUGAACAGGGAGAGCAACUGGAGCGCAUCGAGGAAGGGAUGGACCAAAUCAAUAAGGACAUGAAGGAUGCGGAAAAGAAUUUGAACAAUCUAGGACAGUUCUGUGGUCUGUGUUCAUGUCCCUGUAACAAGAUUAAGGGUGGGGGCCAGGCGUGGGGGGCCAACCAGGACGGAGUGGUGAACGCCCAGCCCGGGGCCCGCGUGGUGGACGAGCGUGAACAGAUGGCCAUCAGUGGGGGCUUCAUCCGCAGGGUAACGGAGGAUGCCCGGGAGAACGAGAUGGACGAGAACCUGGAGCAGGUGGGCGGCAUCAUCGGGAACCUGCGUCACAUGGCCCUGGACAUGGGCCAGGAGAUCGACACCCAGAACCGGCAGAUCGACAGGAUCAUGGACAAGGCUGAUUCCAACAAGACCAGGAUUGAUGAGGCCAACCAGCGGGCUACAAAGAUGUUGGGAAGUGGCUAG